GGCCCCUCUCGGCCAGCACGCUCGGACCCAGCCUCAGCAGCCCUCACGCCUCCCCACAGCCCCACACCAGCCUCCCCACUGACCAGCCCUCCUGCAACACCGCCCCGAGCACCCCCACCGCCCCCACCUGCCUCACACCCCUCUCUGCUCUCACCUUCUCUCACCUUCUCUUGCCUGCCCUCCCAGGGCCCCUCCACACCACACCCAUGGCCUGCUACGACCUCUGCCGCCCCUGCGGACCCACCCCGCUGGCCAACAGCUGCAACGAGCCCUGUGUCAGGCAGUGCCAGGACUCCACCGUCCUCAUCCAGCCCUCCCCCGUCCGCGUCACCUUCCCAGGGCCCAUCAUGACCUCCUUCCCCCAGAGCUCCUUCGUCGGAUCCACCGCAGGGGCUGCCCUGGGCACGGAGCUCAACGUCCAGGGACAGCCCAUCUCCGGCGGAUUUGGGGCCGGAGGCUACGGCCUGGGCUAUGGCCGUGGCUUUGGCUACGGCCUGGGAGGCCUGGGCUGCUACGCCAACAGGGGCUGCUCUGGCAUCUGCUGA